UUCUGAGUCUAAAACACAUCACUCUUUCUCAUGGCUGUCAGUGGUCAUCUGUGGAGAUCAGCUCAUGGCAGCGGGAUUUGCAGUUGCAGGCGAAAACAAGCGCUACAAUGGAAGGAUGACCCCGUUUGUCAUCCUUUCAUGUAUGAUGGCUGCCAUGGGAGGAGUCAUCUUCGGCUAUGAUAUUGGAAUUUCAGGUGGGGUCUCUUCCAUGGAGCCAUUUCUUAAGAAGUUCUUCCCAGAGGUUUACACAAAGAUGAAGGACGACACCAAGAUAAGCAACUACUGCAAAUUCGACAGCCAACUCUUGACCUCAUUCACGUCGUCACUCUACAUAGCCGGUCUGGUCGCUUCCUUCUUUGCUUCAUCAGUAACACGAGCCUUUGGGCGCAAGCCUUCCAUUCUCGCCGGCGGUGCCACUUUCCUUGCCGGCGCAGCUCUUGGUGGAGCUGCUUUCAACGUAUAUAUGCUUAUAUUAGGCCGAAUCUUGCUUGGAGUUGGGGUGGGAUUCGCUAAUCAGUCGGUCCCACUAUAUCUCUCAGAAAUGGCUCCACCACAGUACCGAGGAGCUUUUAACAAUGGCUUCCAGUUCAGUGUAGGCAUCGGAGCCUUAUCAGCAAAUCUCAUCAACUUUACUACUGAAAAGAUUAGAGGUGGCUGGGGUUGGCGUCUCUCUCUUGCCCUGGCUGCAGUCCCAGCCUCAAUCCUAACUCUUGGAGCCAUUUUCCUCCCUGACACCCCCAACAGCCUUAUCCAACGCAACAACCAGGAGAAGGCCAAGAGGAUGCUACAGAGAGUUCGAGGGACCACAGACGUCCAAGCAGAGCUGGAUGAUCUCAUCCAAGCUGGUGACAUCUCUACUGAGGCCAUCGGGGAUCACCCAUUCAGAAAAAUCCUACGAAGCAGAUACAGACCUCAGCUGGUUAUGUCAAUGGCAAUCCCAUUCUUCCAACAGGUGACAGGAAUCAAUGUGAUUGCCUUCUACGCUCCCAUAUUGUUUCGAACCAUCGGCCUGGGCGAGAGUGCAUCUCUCAUGUCCGCUGUGAUGACUGGAGUUGUGGGUACUGUCUCGACCUUCAUAUCCAUGCUGAUAGUGGAUAGAUUGGGCCGACGGGUGUUGUUUGCGAUAGGCGGAGUUCAGAUGUUCGUCUCACAGUUGAUGGUGGGAGGAAUAAUGGCUGCCAAACUUGGGGAUCAUGGUGGUUUGAGCAAGGGAGACGCUUAUCUGGUACUGGUUUUGAUUGGCAUAUACGUAGCUGGUUUUGGGUGGUCAUGGGGUCCAUUGGGGUGGUUGGUUCCAAGUGAGAUUUUUCCACUGGAGAUCAGAUCAGCAGGACAGAGUAUUACAGUGGCAGUGAGCUUUCUCUUCACUUUCAUUGUUGCUCAAACGUUUCUGUCUAUGCUCUGCCAUUUCAAGUCUGGGAUCUUCUUCUUCUUCGGCGGAUGGGUGGCGGUGAUGACAGGGUUUGUUUAUUUGCUUCUGCCAGAGACCAAGAACGUGCCUAUUGAACAGAUGGAUCGGGUGUGGAGGGAGCACUGGUUCUGGAAGAGGAUUGUUGGAGAGGAAAAAGAAAACAAGAAUGGCGGGGCAGCAUGAUUAUCUUGAAAGAACAAACAGAGAAAAGAAACGAAUACAAAUGAGUCAGAAACCUUCAGCAGAGUUUUCAUUGUUACUUUCAAAUCUGUGGACUGUGGAUAUUAUCGUUGUUUCUGCUGUGCAUAAUUUACGAUAUCUAUUUAUUAUCUUUUAGACAAGAGAGAUAUCAGAGACAUAGGCUUUAGCUGUUACAAUAUUACUUUUACUUCUUCUCUUACUAUAAAAUUUAUAUAAAUCAUACAUUAUAAUGAUUAUUGUGUUACAGAGUGUAGAAGAAGCUAUGUGAGACAAAAAAAAAAGGGUAAAUUUUUUAAAUUACCCUUAUGGCUUAGUUAAUUGAUUAAUUCUAUCCUGUUGAAAAUUGACUGUGUACCGUUUUUGAUAAUUGACUAACAUUAACGAAAAAAGUAAAAUAUCCGUUAUACCCUUAUGCGAAAUUACAUUUUUAUUUCUGUUUUUUAACUUCUCAAUCCCUAUCAGACACAGGCUGCCAUCGCCAUCGUCACCGACGACGGUCGCUGCAAAUACCGAACAGUGGAAGUCCGGCGGAAGUCGAUUCCGGCCGACGACGAACGGCGCUGGAACCACGAACUUCCGCCGGAGGUCGAUCUACAGCACCGAUACAUGGUGGUUCCGAUAUAUAAUUUACAGUAAAGUCACAUAGAACCACAUGCGUGUCAGAAAAGGAAGGUCUUCGGUUAUCGUGUUGGGAGCUAAUAGGGCCACGUUAUUGUAAACAAACGGGAUCUCACACGUGUUGGGCUAUUAGGUUGGAGAGAGAAAACUGGUGCUGCGAUGGAUGGCCAAGAUGCACUCUUGUACGCAGAAGAACUACGUCAGACCAAAUGUACCUGUCGGAGGCUACCCGUGACGUUGACGGGCAGCUGCCCGUGGUAUUAUGGCCCAGGGAGAAGGCUCAAGUCUCCCCUUUGUUUUAAGGAAGGCCCCCUGUAAAAAGGCAACCUUGGAGGUCAUUUUAACGGGUACUUUGGAGUGCGGAGGAAAGAUCUCCGAUAUCUCUAUUCUCGCCUCCAAUUGUUGUUCUUCUAUUCUUAAGAGGGUCAAAGCUCAGCUUUAGAAGAACUGUCUUGUCUGGGUUUUUUUAUUUUUUAUUUUCAGCGGAGGAACUAAGAGAGUUGGUUCUGGCUUCUGUGAUGUUUUAGGGGUUCUUGGUUCUACUGUUUCAAGGUCAGAUUAACAAUUGUAAUGGCGGAAAUAUGUUGUGGAGUUGUUAGUAAAAGCGAAACGGCGGCAUCGUGCGAGCCGAUCUCCCAAGCUGCCAGGUGCUGGAGGAUGGAGAUUCGACGGUUUAAGUUUGUUGCUGGAGUUUCCAUAUCACAGGAAAAUUGCCGGAAACGGCCGAGAUUGGAUGUUUAUGGGACUUUGUCGCCGCGGGAUUGCAAAAACGCAAUUGAGAACUGUGGCAUUAACAGAGUGCGAGAGAGUUUGGUCGUGUCGGAUGAGGAGUCAAAUACAGAGGAAGAAAUGACUUUGAACGAAUAACAGAGGAGAAGAAAACUCACCGACAUCCGGCGGAAGUCUGUGGUGGUUCCAGCGCCGUUCGUCGUAGGCCGGAGUCGACUUCCCCUGGACCUCCGUCGUUCGGUAUUUGCAGCGACCACCGUCGGUGACGAUGGCGAUGGCAGCCAGUCUGAUAGGGAUUGAGUUAAGUUAAAAACAGGGAUAAAAAUGUAAUUUCGCAUAGGAGUAUAAACGGCAUUUUAAAGGUUCA